UCUCCCUUGAUGAAAAGGAAACGACUGAUGUAGAUAACCAGAUGCUAGUCAUUGUAAAAUGAAGAUAACAAUACGCAAUAUACAGACAUGGAUGAUAAAAUAACAGUAAUGUCAUGAUGUAAUUGGUAUAUAACUGGAUGAAGUUAACUUCGUUUUCAUUCAUCAGAUUUGUGCACAGACCAACGAUUACCAUUGUAAAUAAUGUUUCGCUUCCAACAAAAUCAUCAAAAUCAAUGGGUGCAAGAUCUUACUUCGUGGGGCUAUGGUUCUAAUUAUACAGAGCAACCUGAAUCGACAUUGGAAGCCACAGCUUCAGUAAAUCAUCCCAAUAAUAAUAUGUUGCAAUUCCAAGCAACAAACCCACCUAAUUUAAUAACCAUAAUGCUCGUCUGUGACGAAGAACUUUGGCAAAAGUUUUCUGAUGUUGGGACUGAAAUGGUGUUGACAAAGAAAGGAAGGAGAAUAUUUCCAGGCUAUCGAGUAAAGUUUUCAGGAUUGGAUCCAAAUGCGCUUUACAACGUGAUGCUUGACAUCGUCCAGAUUGAUUCGAAUCGAUAUAGGUUUCAGAGCGGGCAAUGGAUUGUCGGUGGAAAAGGAGAUUCCCAUAUACAAAACCACUACGUCCAUCCAAUUUCCGAAGUUACUGGACAAAAAUUGAUGGAAGAAAUUGUAUCAUUUCAUAAAGUCAAGCUUACAAAUACUACUGCAAAUCGAUCCCAUGAUACGAUUGUUCUCCACUCAAUGCAUCGGUAUCAAAUUCGUGUUCACCUCUCAAGAUCAGACAAUCAACAUAAUAUUCAAACAUUUGAAUUUCCACAAACAACUUUCAUCACUGUAACAGCUUAUCAAAAUUCCGAACUUUCUCAACUUAAAAUAAAAAACAAUCCAUAUGCUAAAGGAUUCCGUGCUGAUGGAAAACGGAAAAAUAAAAGAACGUGCUCAAAUGAGGAUGAAUAUUUCCAUAACGUUUUAGAAACAAAGAAAGUAUGCAAAUGGGAUCAACAACAAGAAUUGGAACGUAGCUACAGUAUUCAUUAUAAUUCAUCUUUUGCAGUGGACAAUACAGAUUUCUGUUUUCGGUCGCAAGAACAUUGCCCAUCCAAUAUCUACAAAAACAAUACUCCAACUCACCAGCCUUUACAAAUGUAUUUCAAUUCUCCCAACUCAAUUGCGUCGCAGGAUUAUGAUCACCAAACACUUUACUCUGGCUAUUCUGCAACAUUUAACGAAAAACAAUCUCCACAAAGUUUAGAAAGAGUCGACCACACCGAGACUUUGUGGAAAGACAACUUGUUAGAUGAAUUGUGUUAUGACAAUAUUGUAUAUUAUGACGAUCCGGGAUAUGUUUCAGCAUCUCCAGCUGAAUUUUUAGAUAAUGAUGAUGUUUCGAAAUUUCUGUUUGGAAUCGAAUCAUGAGUUUUAUUUUACAAAUACUAUAAUUUAACUUCCAAUAUAGUUCCUUUCAUUUGAA